UAACAAACAUUUAAAUAAGCAAAUUUUUAAACAAUAAAAUGCAAACGGAAAUGGAUAAGUUGAUUUCAGUUCAAGCAAAGUCGUUUCAUUUGACUUCCCUCCUUCCUUUAUCUUCUGUGUAAUUGCGAGUUGAAGGAAAGCUCGUGUCUCUAUCGGAUUCUUCACUUUCCGUCUCGCUUCGAUCCACGCCACCGCACUCCGGCACGGUGCUGAAAUCACGAAUUCGAAUCCUUGAACCAGUAGGAGUCAUGGCUGAGCCAUCGACUCCGCUCAUCUCCACCGUCUUCAUCUCCGUAAUUCUAUGCCUUGCGCGGUUGGGUUUCUGUGCUGAAUUGCGAACUGAUCACGACGCCAUGAUUCUCCCUCUUCAUUUCUCUGUUCCUGAUUCUUCCAUCUCCCCCGUCAAUCCCCGCCGUCAGCUUCAGAGAUCCGAGUCCGAACGCCAUCCCAACGCUCACAUGAGACUCUACGACGAUCUGCUUCUCAACGGGUACUAUACUACGCGGCUUUGGAUUGGUACACCUCCUCAGAAGUUUGCUCUAAUUGUCGACACUGGAAGUACUGUUACCUAUGUUCCAUGCUCUACUUGUAAACACUGUGGUUUGCACCAGGAUCCGAAGUUCCAGCCAGACAAGUCGAAAACCUAUCAACCUGUAAAAUGCAGACCAGGUUGCAAUUGUGACAAGGACAGGAAGCAGUGCACGUAUGAUAGACAGUACGCUGAAUUGAGUAGUAGCAGUGGGGUCCUUGGUGAGGAUGUUGUGUCCUUUGGAAAUCAAAGUGAGCUUGGCCCCCAACGUGCUGUUUUUGGCUGUGAAAACGUUGAGACCGGUGAUCUUUAUAGUCAGCAUGCAGAUGGCAUCAUUGGUUUGGGCCGUGGAGAUCUAAGUAUCAUGGAUCAACUGGUUGGUAAAAAAGUGUUAAGUAAUUCAUUCUCUCUGUGCUAUGGUGGAAUGGAUGUUGGUGGGGGUGCUAUGGUGCUUGGUGGCAUAUCUCCCCCAGCAGACAUGGUCUUUACACAUUCAGAUCCUAUUCGAAGUCCAUAUUAUAAUAUCAAUUUGAAGGAGAUGCAUGUUGCGGGGAAGCGAUUGCCUCUAAACCCAAAGGUUUUUGAUGGAAAGCAUGGGACUGUCUUGGAUAGUGGCACAACUUAUGCAUACCUACCAGCAGCGGCAUUCUUUGCUUUUAAGCAUGCUAUUAUAAAGGAACUGCAGUCUUUGAAGCAAAUCAGUGGUCCAGACCCAAAUUAUAAAGAUAUAUGUUUUUCUGGUGCUGGAUCUGAUGUCUCUCAACUCUCCAGAAGCUUUCCAGUGGUUGACAUGGUAUUUGAAAAUGGUCACAAGUUGGCGCUGUCACCUGAAAAUUACUUGUUCCCGCAUUCAAAAGUGCGUGGUGCAUAUUGUCUGGGGGUUUUUUCAAAUGGAAAGGACCCAACUACUCUUUUAGGAGGGAUUGUUGUCCGCAAUACUCUUGUAAUAUAUGAUCGUGAGCAUACGAAAGUUGGUUUCUUGAAAACUAAUUGUUCUGAAUUAUGGGCAAGGCUACAUGUCUCUGAUGCCCUACCACCAGUUCCUCCAAACUCAGAAGGAACAAAUUUAGCCAAAGCGUUUGAGCCUUCAGUUGCUCCAUCUGCAUCACAGUUUAAUAUUCAUCAAGGUGAACUUCAAAUUGCUCAAAUAACAAUUGUAAUAUCAUUUAACAUCAGCUACAUGGAUAUGAAGCCUCACAUUACAGAAUUGGCUGACCUCAUAGCUCAUGAGUUAGAUGUUAAUACUUCGCAGGUUCACUUGAUGAAUUUUUCUUCUCUUGGAAAUGGUUCCCUCUCUAGAUGGGUCAUUACUCCAAGGCCAUCUGCUAAUUUCUUUUCUAACACCACUGCUAUGAGUAUGAUUUCACGGAUAUCUGAACAUCAGUUGCAGCUUCCUGACAAAUUUGGAAGUUAUAACUUAGUUGAUUGGCAUGCCAAGCCGCCAUCAAAACGGACUUGGUGGCAGCAAUAUUUUGUGGUCGCGGCUUUAGCUGUUUUGCUUACACUGCUUCUAGGAGCAUCAGCCUUUGGAAUAUUCUUAAUUUGGAAAAACAAGCAGCAUACUGAGCCUUCAUACAAGCCAGUUGAUGUAGUUGUUCCGGAGCAGGAACUUCAGCCAUUAUGAGCUGCUUUUGUACUACUACUGCUUGCGUGAUUACUGUAGCUCUGUGGCUAGCAUAUUCAAGUCCAUCAUGAGCAAUUUAUACAACAAUAGUCACUUAACUUAUCAAGAUUUCUGUUUCAAAGAAAUCAGGCUAUCUACUAUGAUGUAACCAAAAUCUAAUAGAUGUAUAGAAAGAAUUCUUUAGAAGAUGUAUCAUCUGCAAAUGCAUUUCUGUUUCUAUAUAUAGUGUGUUUGGGCCUGCAAA